AACGUGGCAAAAUAAACCCCAGAGGAGGAAUGAACUUUCUCUACUGGGCUGAAACAGCAGCUGUACUUUAAAAUGUAAAGAAUCGUUUAGUCCCGACUUAUUUUUAUUGCUUUAUUGAUCCAUUGGGUCCUGACAUUUCAGCUGAAUUUGAAAAGUCUUGGAUAAUUUCUUUAGUUUGAAUGUCUGAUCUGCAGAGGUCAACGAUCUCGUAGAGGAAUCUGCUACAUUAUCAGUCACAAGAUGAUGACGUCAGAGAAACCCCCGUUACCUGGAGACGGCCAGCGGGACGAGGCUGAUCUGGGCUCAGGGGUCGAGCAGGCGGUCACGCUGGAAACGGCCCGAGACGGCUGGGACAGUAAAGUGGAAUAUUUCCUCGCUCAGGUCGGAUUCAGUGUGGGAUUGGGAAACGUGUGGAGGUUCCCGUACCUCUGCCAUCAGAACGGAGGAGGAGCGUUCAUCUUGCUGUAUGUGGUGUUGAUGGCGCUGGUUGGAGUGCCGUUGUUUUUCCUGGAGUUGGCGGCCGGUCAGAGCAUCAGACAGGGCAGCAUCGGCGUCUGGAGACACAUUUCUCCAAAACUGGUUGGCAUUGGCUACUCCAGCUGUGUGGUGUGUUUCUUUGUAGCUCUGUAUUAUAACGUCAUCAUCGGUUGGAGUAUCUUUUACUUGGGAAAUUCUUUCCAGUAUACUCUACCAUGGGAAAAAUGUCCAACAGAAGGGAACAUCACUGUGAAGGAAUGUGCCGCCAGCUCUCCCACGUCGUAUUUCUGGUACCGUAAAGCUCUGGACAUCACCGACUCCAUUAAUGAAACGGGAGAGUUCAACUUCAUCAUCACUGGAUGUUUGCUGGCCGCUUGGUUCAUCGUUUGUCUGGGCAUGUACAAGGGCAUCAAAUCUACCGGCAAGGUGAUGUAUUUCUCCUCGGUGUUUCCGUACGUGGUGCUGCUGUGUUUCCUGAUCAGAGGCGUGACGCUGGACGGAGCGUCUGAGGGCAUCAAAUUCAUGUUUUACCCCAGACUGGAGAUCUGGGCUGAUGUUCAGGUGUGGCGCCAGGCGGCGACUCAGGUCUUCUUCGCUCUGGGUUUGGGUUUCGGUUCUGUGAUCGCCUACUCUUCCUACAACCCGCGGAACAACAACUGCCAUCGCGACGCGUUCACCGUGUCUGCCGUCAACUUCCUGACGUCUGUGCUGGCCUCGCUGGUGGUGUUUGCUGUGCUGGGCUUCAGAGCCAAAACCAUCGCCACUAACUGUGUCAAACGUAAUCUGAAGGCCAUAAAUGCUUCAAAUGUGGAGAACCUCACACUGAAUGAGUAUGAACACUGGUACAGGAGUGAGGGCCAGCAUCUGAAGAUCCCCGAUUACAACAUCACCGCCUGCAGCCUGGAGGAAGAACUGAAACAAGGUGUUGAGGGAACGGGUUUAGCGUUCAUAGCGUUCACAGAAGCCAUGACGUUGUUUCCCUGGAGUCCGUUCUGGUCGGUGCUGUUCUUCCUCAUGCUGCUCAAUCUGGGAUUGUCCACUAUGUUCGGCACCAUGGCCGGAAUACUGACGCCGCUAACAGACACCUUUAAGACACUACGCAAUCACAAACUCAUCUUCACAGUGUGCAGCUGUGCGUUGGGCUUUCUGAUCGGUCUAAUGUUCACUCAGCGCUGUGGGAACUACUUUGUGGCAAUGUUUGAUGAUUACUCCGCCACACUCCCGCUCAUCAUCGUUGUCAUCUUUCAGACCUUCAGCGUGGCCUGGGUUUACGGAGCCGACAGGUUUUUAGAGGACCUGAGACAGAUGUUGAAUCGGCCGGUCCCUGUGGUGUACAAGUACCUGUGGAAGUACGUGUGUCCAGUUGCUAUGCUGGGACUCUUGGGUGCCAGUCUGCUAAAGAUGAUCCUGAAUCGCCCUACAUACACCGCCUGGAAUAGAGAAAAGGCAUCUAAGGAAGAUCUCCCUUAUCCUGGCUGGGCGCUUGCUGUCCUGAGCACACUCAUCAUUGUUGCGUUCCUUCCUGUUCCUAUCGGAUACCUUCAUUCCCUCCUCCUGGACCGGUUGGGCCAGUCUCCCGCUGACACUGAGGCGAGAUACGAGCCGUGUGCCACUACAGACACAGACCUGACCCCUCUCGACACCUUACACCCCCUGCUCGAGGGAAACCAUCUUUCCCAUUCGCCAAACGGCCACAUUGAAAGUGUCCAAUCAAGUGUAUUAUGAGAAAGUGAGAGGGAAGAAACUACAGCACGGCCUUCAUUAGAGUUUACAAACAUCUCCGAAGGAUCUAUUUCAAUCAAGAUCUUUUUAUUUGUACUUUGCUCUUGGUAACAAUCAUUUUUAUGUGUACAUACAUACAGAUGGGCACAAAAAUAA